AUGGUAAAUCUUUCUGCCAGAGCGUUCAAGGCACAAGGAAAUAAUAAGUCGUUACGAUUUCAAGGAACAAUUGAAACCGAUGGUGUCGGUGUUUCUAUAUUGAAGCAAAAUGUUGAUAUAGGAUGCCGGCAAAAGAACAAAGGCGAAGAAAAAAGUGCCAGUAGCACUACGGCAAAUAGAUCCAUGUCAAAUAAAAAAAUGGAAAAAGAUGAAUUCAGCAAUAUCGAGGAAUUGGACAAUGAAGGUUUACUAAAGAUGAAAGACAAAUGUGUCCUUAGUGUCCUUAUAGUCCCUGCGGAAAUUCCUUCAUCAACAGUGGAUCAAGCCAGAUUCGGGAACGAGACCCUUGAUAAUGUGCCACAUGAUUUUUCUGAGCCUGUUGAUUUUAAAGUAACUGAUAGUGGUGAUUUAUAUUAUGGAAAUCGACUAUUAUUCAUCACUCAUAUCCGUAGAUUCCUACUAGAUAUUGACAGAAACCUUGAAGAAUGCUCAUCAGCAGAACUGACAAAAGGAUUAGCAGAAGUAGAAAUUAACCAGCUGUCACAUAUCAUUAAAGAAACACUUGGCUGGUUGAAUAUCAGUGGAUUUGAAACGACAGAAAACUACGAAAAGAAGAAAAAGGACAUGAUGCAUGAAGCACACAAAAUACUGUCGAAACUGUUCUUACUCCCUUUUAGAAAGAUGAAGUUUCCUUUUAAGCUGUAUUAUGACAAGUGCAAUGAGAAGCAGAUGAAGAACGUAAAGAACAGGUUUGGACCAAAUGCAGUUUUGGUGAUUGGUGGUUGA